CGACGAAGUUUUACUAAAUUUUCUAAAUUUUCUAAAAAAAAAAGAAAAAAAAAAGAAAAAUGCGAUCCAAUUAUUUUAAGAUGUUUACACUAUUUAUAAUUAUUUUAUUAUGUAUUUAUCCUUUAAGUACAAUAACAGAAAUAAGAACGUUUUCACAUAUUGAAGAAAAAGAUUAUGGAAUAGAAACACCACCUAGAGUAGCAGAAAUAAAAUCAUAUGAUAAUAUUGUAAUAAUAAGAAUUGUUAGAAAUGAUACAAGUAAAUCUAAUUCAAUUGAACAUUGUAAUUAUGAUACACUUUUUUUAAGAAUUAUUAAUUCUGAUGGGACAGUAAUAGAAAAGGAUAUUAAAUUAGAAGGGGUUCAAAUCUUUAAUUUUUGUUCAAUGAAAAUGGGAAAAGAUGAAGCAGAAGAUCAUUUAAAAUAUGAAAUAAUUGGAAAGGAUAAACUUUUCGUAUUUUAUUAUAAUUCAACAGAUGAUAUAAAUGUUGAAGGAUGGGGAAUGACAAUUGAUUUUGAUGGUAAAGUGAUUGAUAAAAUACCUAUAGGAAUUUGGGGUUAUAAAGGAUAUCGUAGACUUUAUAGACUUAGAGUACCACGUAUACAAAUAAGUUUUAAUAUUAAUAAAGAAAAAGGAUUUAUUAUAGGGUAUAGACCAUUGCAAAGUUAUGAUUUUGAAUGGAAACAAUAUAAAAUAGAAUUAGAUGGAAAAUUUACAAUUUUGAUUAAUGGAAAGAUUCAAUUAGAUUCUAGAGCAAUAGUUGGGUAUGAUUCAUUAAUACCGACAGUUAAUGAAAGUUACUCUUUUAUUUAUAAAUUAAAUAAUACAUUCUCAAAUUCAUUAAAGGAUUUAAUUGUUGCAGAAUUAAUAGGGUAUAAUAAAUCUGAUACAGCUAAAGUUUUCCUUUAUCGAGGAAACUUAUUAAAUAGAAUACCUCAACCAAUAUCUUGUAAUAUAGAAUAUGUUGGAGUUGGACAUUCUUGUUCUUUACCUAUAAAAUAUAAUGAAAGUAAUUUUAAUCUUAAAAUUGGAUUUUUAUCAUCUGGGGCAACAAUUGCAAUAAAUAUUACGCCAAUUACUUUUCCUAAUAAUCAAAUUGGUUUUAGAUCUUGGAAAUUACAAAGUUUAUUAUUUGGUGGUUAUAUGUUAACAGAACGUGCAAAAAUUGGUAUGGAACAUAGAUUAUAUACUUACAUAUUUGCUGAGAAUGGUAUUUUAGGUUUAGAACAACCUUUACUGACAAAUUUAAAUUAUGCUUAUGCAAUAUUGCCAAAUAAUAGUAUCUUGGUCGCACAACAGGAAUAUAAUAAUACUUGGGGAUUUAAUAUGAUUAAAUUACCUAAAUUUACAAAUGAUAAUGGAUAUUUUAAUACAAAUAUAGAAUCAACAUAUCCUGAAAUUAAUUCCACAAUAUAUCCAGAUAUUAAGAAUAUUACAAUCAAUUUUUAUUAUCCAGUAAUAUUAUCUGAUGGUAGAUUAUCAAUAUUUCAAAUAAUUGAUCAAAGAAAAUUUUUACGACAAUCAACUUCUGGUAUAGAAUGUAUAUUAAAUAAUGAUGAUAAAAAAGUUAUUGUAAAUAUACUUAAUAGUACUUUUAGUAAAUCAGGAGGAAAUUUUUAUAUUAAAAUUGAUAAUAAUUUUGUUAAAAGUAGAAUUUAUGGAGAAUCUUUAUUAGGUAUAAGAGAAAAUGUUUGGAAUUUUAUAAUUGAAGAUAAUAAAUAUUCAUAUACUAUUACAAGUUCAACAGCUGUCUUACUUCGAUUAACUGUAGAAGGAUCAAAUAUAUUUAAAAAUUCUUCAUAUGAUGAAAAAAAUCAAUUCUUUAAUUCUUUAUUGGAUGAAUUGGCUGAUGCUGUUCAAAUAUCACGAGAUCGUCUUAGUAAAAAUGAUAAAGAUCAAAUUGAUCCUAAAUCAAAUGAUGGAAAACUUUUGAUUAAUAUAAAUAUUGAGAAAACUAAAGAUCCAUAUGAAAAAGAUGUUAAUUCUGUAAUUCAGGAUAUAAAUUACAUGAUGUCAAAUAAUGAUCAGACUCCUAUUGGAAAAGGAAAACUUAUUUAUUUGGAUUCUACUUAUGGCUUUAUUCCUGCUCGUAA